AGGAAUUUGAGCGAGCAUUGAAGAAAUAUGUUACAGUUUCAUCCAGUGAGAUACGUCAUUCAGGCUCAAUACGAACAUCACAUUUUAACAUUCCAAACCCAGGUUCUCAAGUUGGAUCACCUAAAGUAGAGUGCAGGUUCCCCUUACCAAAAGGAUAUACAAUAGAAUUCAUUGAGAUGUGUUGUGCUGAUGUAAUAGGCAGGCUUAAAAAAUCUGAUUGUGAUGUUUCAUUCACAAAAGAUGAACUUAUUAUUAAGUUUACAUCAGAGGUAUGUGCCAUAGGAAAAUCUGAGAUCACUAAGGCUUUGAUGAAUAUGCAGAAAGAAUAUCCAACUUAUGACUUACUUGACCUUACUCAGGGGAAGUUCAGCCAGGAUGAUGUGAGGAAAAAAGUUAAAGAAAUAGAAAAAAGUUCAAAGGUAAAGUGUAGUGUCAGUAACAAUGGAACAUCGGUGAGUUUCUUUGGAAAACUAUGGCAAGAUGUAAAAGAUGCAAAAGAUAAAGUUGUCAGACUUCUGCCCCCUAGAGGUCAUUCUGAACAGAACAGCCCAAAGGAUACAAAAGAUGCAGGCUCCAACCUAAAGACUCCUGGAUUCAGCAGACAGUUUUCAUGGUCAACACGUGCAAAAGCAUUAUAUGUUUUUGAAACAAAAGAGAAAAUAACAGUAAAAGUUUACUCUUCAGAUAUUUUAUGCGUGCCUGUUGACUGCAUUGUUAAUGCUGCUAAUGUAGAUUUGAAACAUGGUGGAGGAAUAGCAAGAGCCAUAGCUAAUGCCGCAGGAAAAGAUCUCACAAAAGAGGGUCGCGAUUAUUUGAAGCAACAUGGGAAAUUAAGAGUUGGAAAGGUUUGCCAUACUGGUGCUGGAAAGAUGUCUUAUAAUUAUGUAAUUCAUGCUGUUGGGCCUUGCUGGGAUGACUAUAAACCUUAUUCUGAGAGAGAUGUUGAGAGAUGUGAAACAGAUUUAUACAAUGCCGUGAUAAACAGUUUAUCUGAGGCAGAAAAAUUGAAAAUGGCGACAAUUGCAGUGUCUUCUAUUAGUUCAGGAAUUUAUGGCUGUCCGCUUGAUCUAUGUAGUAUCCAGUAUGCCAAAGCUGUGGUAGACUAUAGUAGAUGUUCAAAAUCACCAUUGAAGGAAAUUCACUUUGUGGAUACAAAUAUGGAAAUGGUACAGGUCAUGCACAAUACAUUUCAGUCAAUGAUACCCAAUGAGCACAUUCCCAAAUCCUACAAUAAGAUGAGAUAUGUGAAAUCAGUAGCUACAUAUAGAAAGGAUAGAAAAUUGAGUCCAAGAAAGCAGGACCAGACUCCUGGCAAGAACAAUGCUGAUGACUUCCAUAGAUUUGAAAAAGGACAAUCUGGAUUAGUGAUAUAUCCAUACUAUCAUAGGGAUUACCCACCAGGACAUUCAAAGAAAGAAUUUGCCUGUUGUAUUGGACCUGGUCAAAAUUUGUAUAUUUAUACAGUAGAUAUUCUCAAUAUAACUCGUAAAGAUAUGAUAGCAUGUGGUAAUAUCCCAACAGGCAAAACCAAAGGAUAUUUAGCAAAUGCUAUCCAACAAAGAGGUGGUAAUGUUUAUAAAUCUGAAAUGACUAAAAUGUUUGUUCCAAGACCUAAAGAAGGGGAUGUAGUUGUAUGUAAAAGUGACCUACCUAACUUCAAAUGGGUUGCACAUACCAUUUUACACCAGAAGAUUCACUGCAGCAAAGAUGAUAGGGAAUUCAAAGUGACAUCUUCUCUUCGCAAUAUAUUUCUUGCAAUGAAAUCAUAUAAUUGCCAUUCAAUAGCUCUGCCAUUGGUAGGAACUGGUAAAGGCAAAGCUGAUCCAGUUUACUACGGAGAGAGAUUCUUUGAAGCACUUUGUGAGUUUUCCUCUUACCAUAAAGAGUAUGAUUUAAAAGUUCACUUGGUUCACUAUGACAAAAAGAGCACAGAGAAGGCUAUAGAAACAAUUAGCAAAGCUUGUCGAGAUAUACGUCCAUUGCAAGUUAUUACAAAUCAUAGAAAACGAAAUACUGGUAAUACAAGAUUUGAAAAUGGAGCUAGACCUAAGUCUGCAGGUCCAAAUGUCUUUGAAAAGCGCGGUCAUAUUACCAGCUCAGAAAAACAUAAACAAAACGAAAGACAUUCAAGUUACAUGACACCAUCUCAAAUUAUGAAUCAGUCAGAAAAUGAGAACCUACAAGAUAAGGAAAGGGUUGAGGAAUUAAACUAUGGUAGUUCCACCACUAGAAAGUUUAAAGGCGGGCAAAGUGAAUAUGAUAGAGAUUUGGAUGGUGUUGUUGAAAAACCUAAAGCUAAUACAGAUGAUAUUGAUGAAAGAGAAAGCAAUGACAGUUCUAUUAAAAUAGAUGAGGAGAGAGAAAAUGGGCCUUAUGAGAGCUCAUGUUCAGAAACUAUUCCUGAUUCUGCAGUUGAGAGUUUAGCGGUCCACAGUAAUUUAUCAAAGGAAAAAAAGGGAAAUCUUAAAAUUUUUGAGGAGACAAAAGAUAAGCAAGAAAAUAAACCAACUGAUACUCUUAGUAGUAAAACAUUUGGAGAGGCUAAAGAAAAUAAUGUUGCAAAACCUAUCGGUAUAGAAGAUAGUUUUGAUAAAACAGAUGAUGAAGAAGAUGUUGUUGAUGAUGAUGAUGAUGAAGAAGAAGAGGUCUAUGAUGAUGCACCCUCAGAAAUUGUACCCGAUGAGGAAGAAGAUAAUGGGGAGGAAGAAGUUGAAACAUGUGUUAUUUGUAUGGAUGAUAUAUCUAAUCCAAAGACGCUCUCAUGUGGACAUGUGUUUUGUACAGAAUGUAUAGAGGCACAGUUUACGUAUAAAGAAGCAUGCCCAACAUGUGGAAAGGUUUGCGGAAUAAUAACAGGUGACCAACCAUCAGGUGACAUGGAUGUGUUUGUUAAUAACAGGGCUUCAUGUGCUGGUUUUGAAGGAUGUGGUAGGAUAGAAAUAACAUACAAAUUUCCUGAUGGAACACAAGGGCCUACCCAUCCACGUCCAAAUGCAAGGUUCAAAGGUAUCACAAGAAAAGCAUACCUACCAAAUAACAGAAGAGGGCAGGAAAUCUGUGAAAUGCUGCAGGUUGCCUUUGAGAGAAAACUGGUUUUCACAAUUGGAAACUCCCGCACAACUGGAGCUGAAGGUGUAAUCACUUGGAAUGAUAUUCAUCAUAAAACAGAUCAAAAACCAAACACACAAUUUGGUUAUCCUGACCCUACAUAUCUAGACAGAGUGACUGACGAACUGAAAAUUAAGGGCGUCACUGUUGAUGAUAUACCAGCCCUUUCCGCCCAUCGUUCAAGAAGACGAUAGAUUAUGACAUUGGAUGAAAUAGAUUUGUUUUUUUAUGACUCGUUGUUUAUCUGUGAUGCUUAACAUAAGUUAUGUAAAUUUUAAAGGGACAUUAUGUCCAUUAAAGUGUUAAUGGUGUUUGGUAAAGGACAAUGGCAAAAUAAUUUUAGGUUAUGCCAUAACUGCAUUUGUGAAAUUCAUGUGUAUAAUCAAUAAUCAAUGUGACUUACACAAAAUUCCAUAAAUAUCCAUUGGAAUAUAUAGGUAACAUUAAAUGUAUAAAAAGAGUGGGGCAGUUUUUUAAUAUUUUAGAGAGUUGUUAUAUUUUAUUCUUAUCUUGUUAUGAUAAAUUUUUGGUCAGUCCCCAUUAACAGAGUCAAUCUUUUUUAAAUAUACAUGUAUAGCCAUUUCAGUUCUACUUAUGAUCCGAGGCUCAGCAAACGUAUCCUAGGCUCAGCUUGACAAUGAACAAGCAAACGUAUUGUCACUUUAAUAAUUUAAAUUCUAACAUUAACUUUAAUAAAAAUAUCAUUUAUUUGUGUAUGAUACAGAACAUGUUUUUAUAAAGUAGUAUAAUAACAUUUGCCUUAAGUUCAUGUAGAUAUGUUAAUUAAUGAAAUUCUGGAGAAUAUGAAUACAUUGAGAGCUGUGAGACCCACAUAGUUUGAUGUCACCAUCUCUGUUUGAUUUGUAUUUAAAACAAGUAUUUUUAUGUCUGUCAGGGCCCUUUAUUCUUGUGCAUAUGUAUAAGAGGGUAAGAAAAAUCUGGAAACAAAUGGAUCAUCAUUACAUGAAAAUUGCAGACUCAGUUUAAUUGAGUCUGUACAUGAGGGAUGAUGAAUAAGUGCAACAUCCCUCACGCUCCCUAGCACCAGCUUGAGUGGUACUCAAAUCGCAAUACUUAAUAGUGCUAGUAUCAAUGAUCCCAAAACACUAGAAAAAUAUAACAUUGAAGUGAAGUACAGGGCAACUUUUUACAGCUGCCACACAGCACUUAUCACCUGCUGUUGUGCAGAAUAAAAAUUUGGUAACAAAGUCAUCCCUCGGAAUUUUUAAGCACCUUAUUGAUUUUGUAUAAGUAUUUUCAGAAUAAUUCUGUUUAUUUAUCCUAAUUUAUUUUGUAUGAUUAGAAUUAUAAUUAUGAUUUUGUAUAUGUAUCCCUUAAAUAUUUGUCUGUUACAAGAGAAUGAUUAUUUCUAUGACAGUAGUAUGAUAUUUAUGUCUCACAAAGGUAUGCAGCUUAGAGUUGGCAAUGAUUUAAACCAUUAAAAGCAUUAUUGAACAUUUAAAUUAAAGGCACCCCACUGUUUUUUUGUUGUUUUUUAGCUCACCUGUCACAAAGUGACAGGGUGAGCUUUUGUGAUCGCUUUUCGUCCGGCGUCCGACCGUGCGGCGUCCGGCCGUCCGUAAACUUUUGCUUUAAAUGACAUCUCCUCAUAAACCACUGAGCCAAUUUCAUUCAAACUUCACAGGAAUGUUCCUUUGGUGGUCACCUUUAAAAAUUGUUCAAAGAAUUUAAUUCCAUGCAGAACUCUGGUUGCCAUGGCAACCAAAAGAAAAAACUUUAAAUAUUUUCUUUUAAAAAACCAUAAGAGCUAGAGCUUAGAUAUUUGGCAUGAAACAUCUUCUAGUGAGUGUCUACCAAGUUUGUUCAAAUAAAAGCCCUGGGGUCAAAAUUUGCCCCGCCCCUGGGGGUCAUUGAUUUUCCCUAUAUGCAUAUAGUAAAAACUUAAAAAAUCUUCUUUUAAAGAACCGUAAGAGCUAGAGCUUAGAUAUUUGGCAUGAAACAUCUUCUAGUGAAUGUCUACCAAGUUUGUUCAAAUAAAAGCCCUGGGGUCAAAAUUGGCCCCGACCCAGGGGGUCAUUGAUUUUCCCUAUAUGCAUAUAGUAAAAACUUAAAAAAUCUUAUUUAAAGGAACCCAAAGAGCUAGAGCUAAGAUAUUAAGCAUGAAACAUCUUCUAGUGAGUGUCUACCAAGUUUGUUCAAAUUAAAGCCCUGGGGUCAAAAUUGGCCCCGCCCCGGGGGUCAUUGAUUUUCCCUAUAUGCAUAUGGUAAAAACUUAAAAAAUCUUCUUUUAAAGAACCAUAAGAGCUAGAGCUUAGAUAUUUGGCAUGAAACAUCUUCUAGUGAGUGUCUACCAAGUUUGUUCAAAUAAAAGCCCUGGGGUCAAAAUUGACUCUGCCCCAGGGGGUCAUAGAUUUUCCCUAUAUGCAUAUAGUAAAAACUUAAAAAAUCUUCUUUUAAAGAACCCAAAGAGCUAGAGCUAAGAUAUUUAGCAUGAAACAUCUUCUAAUGAGUGUCUACCAAGUUUGUUCAAAUAAAAGCUCUGGGGUUAAAAUUGGCCCCGCCCCAGGGGGUCAUUGAUUUUCCCUUUAUGCAUAUAGUAAAAACUUAAAAAUCUUCUUUUAAAGAACUCAAAGAGCUCGAGCUAAGGUAUUGAGCAUGAAACAUGUUCUAAUGGGUGUCUACCAAGUAUUUUCAAAUAAAAGCCCUGGGGUCAAAACUGGCCCCGCCCGGGGGGGGGGGGGGGGGUCAUUGAUUUUCCUUAUAUGUGUAUAGCAAAAACUUAAAAAUUCUUUGGAAAAACCCAAAUAGCUAGAGUUUAGAUAUUAAGCAUGAAACAUCUUUAAGUAAAUAUCUACAAAGUUUGUUAAAAUAAACGCCCGGGGGUCAAGACUGGCCCUGCCCCAGGGGUGACAUUGUUUUUAACUAUAUGUGUAUAGUAAAAACUUUAAAAAUCUUCUUUUAAAAAAGCCAAUGAGCUAGAACUUAGAUGUUUAGCAUGAAACAUCUUCUUAUGGGUGUCUACCAAGUCUGUUCAAAUAAACAAAAGCCCUUGGGUAAAAAUUGGCCCGGGGGUGGGGGGCCUAUAUACAGGUGAGCGACCUCAGGGCCAUCAUGGCCCUCUUGUUUUUUACAUUACGGGGCAGGAAAUAUUUUCGGUGGUUUGUAUACAUUUCUGAUGAAGGUCAGAACCAGUAACUUGUGUGCAAGUUUUAACCAUUUCCUCAUCACAUUUUACCAGAAAAAUCAUUUGUAUGCAAAUAAAUAAAAAAAAUAUAUAAUGCCUUUCAUUCAAACCAGGCAUAAGAUUGACUUACUAUUGAUCUUCUCUUAACUUCUGAGUAUAUUACUUUAUUUUCUUUUGCAGAUUUUCUAGUUUUUUAGUUGAUAAUUGUAAGAAUAUCAAAUUUAAUGUUUUCAGUUGGAAUCAUUUUAUAUUGUUCAUUUGAAUAAACAUAAAAAGCUAUUUUAAAAACACGUAGUUAAAAAUAAAGUUUUUAAUGAAUAAAUAUGUUAUAAUGAAUCAAUAUUUUAUAUUAAAAACUAAAAGUUAUGGCUGCAUGGAACAUUUUGCUUUAUAAAUAGCUAUCUAUGUAUUAUUCAGACUUUGAUUUUUGUAUGCCUUUGAUUGUAAUUAUAUUUACUGUAUUUAGAUGAGUUGAAUAAUGUUUUACAUUUAUCCUAACAAAUGUUAAAAUAUCUUUCUAUAAUAAUAGGGUGAAAUGUAUUAUAUUAUUAAUUAUGUUUUGAACAUCUUAUUAAAGAUCCUGUAUGUUGUAAUUAUAUAUAUAUUUCUAAAACAAUUUUCAAACAUUGAAGAAUAGAAUAUGUAAACUUUGUGCUGCAAUAAUGGUCCACAUUAUUAUGUAAUCAUUAAAAUAUAUGCAUUCAUUUCUUUUAAGAAAAAAAUCUAAUUAUAUAAUUAUUAUUAUAAUUUAUUUCUAAAUAUUUCUUGAAAUGUAAAUUCGGUAAUAUCUUUACAAAUAAUGCUUUUUGGAACUUACAAUAUUGAUAAAUUAAAUUUAUGAUAAAAAACCAUUAAAAAAUUGUGAAACAGGAUUUUUAAAACGCACAUUAUGCCUCAAAAACGAUUUAAUUUUUUACUUCUUUAGACUAAGUAGACAUGAGAAGUAUACCUUUAGAUAAUGUAUAACAAGCAUUUUAGAUGCUUGUUACCUGAGGAAAGUUGGUAAAAUUAUCUAUUGUUUUGUCAUGAAAGUAGCAAAAUGUAAACAAGUAAUAUUUUGACUUUUAUACAACACUGUAACUGCGCUAAUUGCAAAAAAGGUAACAGAAAUAACAGAUUGUUAUUUGGCCAAUAAGCAACUUUUUAGCUCACCUGUCACAAAGUGACAGGGUGAGCUUUUGUGAUCGCUUUUCGUCCGGCGUCCGUAAACUUUUACUUUAAAUGACAUCUCCUCAUAAACCACUAGGCCAAUUUCAUCCAAACUUCACAGGAAUGUUCCUUUGGUGGUCACCUUUAAAAAUUGUUCAAAGAAUUUAAUUCCAUGCAGAACUCUGGUUGCCAUGGCAACCGAAAGAAAAACUUUAAAUAUCUUCUUUUAAAAAACCCUAAGAGCUAGAGCUUAGAUAUUUGGCAUGAAACAUCUUCUAGUGAGUGUCUACCAAGUUUGGACAAAUAAAAGCCCUGGGGUCAAAAUUGGCCCCGCCCCAGGGGGUCAUUGAUUUUCCUUAUAUGCAUAUAGUAAAAGCUUUAAAAAUCUUCUUUUAAAGAACCCAAAGAGCUAGAGCUAAGAUAUUUAGCAUGAAACAUGUUCUAAUGAGUGUCUACCAAGUUUGUUCAAAUAAAAGCCCUGGGGUCAAAAUUGGCCCCGCCCCAGGGGGUCAUUGAUUUUCCCUAUAUGCAUAUAGUAAAAACUUAAAAAAUCUUCUUUUAAAGAACUCAAAGAGCUAGAGCUAAGAUAUUUAGCAUCAAACAUGUUCUAAUAGGUGUCUACCAAGUUUGAUCAAAUAAAAGCCCUGGGGUCAAAAUUGGCCCCGCCCCGGGGGUCAUUGAUUUUCCUUAUAUGUGUAUAGCAAAAACUUAAAAAAUCUUCUUUGAAAAAACCCAAAUAGCUAGAGUUUAGAUAUUAUGCAUGAAACAUCUUCUCGUGAGUGUCUACAAAGUUUGUUCAAAUAAAAGACCUGGGGUCAAAAUUGGCCCCGCCCUGGGGGUCAUUGAUUUUCCUUAUAUGUGUAUAGCAAAAACUUAAAAUCUUCUUUGAAAAAACCCAAAUAGCUAGAGUUUAGAUAUUAAGCAUGAAAUAUCUUCUAGUAAGUGUCUACAAAGUUUGUUCAAAUAAAAGCCCUGGGGUCAAAACAGGCCCCGCCCCAGGGGUGUCAUUGUUUUUAACUAUAUGUGUAUAGUAAAAACUUAAAAAAAUCUUCUUUUAAAAAGCCCAAUGAGCUAGAGCUUAGAUAAUAAGCAUGAAACAUCUUCUUAUGGGUGUUUACCAAGUUUGUUCAAAUAAAAGCCCUGGGGUCAAAAUUGGCCCCGCCCUGGGGGUCAUUGAUUUUCGUUAUAUGUGUAUAGCAAAAACUUAAAAAAUCUUCUUUGAAAAAACCCAAAUAGCUAGAGUUUAGAUAUUAAGCAUGAAAUAUCUUCUAGUAAGUGUCUACAAAGUUUGUUCAAAUAAAAGCCCUGGGGUCAAAACUGGCCCCGCCCCAGGGGUGUCAUUGUUUUUAACUAUAUGUGUAUAGUAAAAACUUAAAAAAAUCUUCUUUUAAAAAACCCAAAUAGCUAGAGUUUAGAUAUUAAGCAUGAAACAUCUUCUAGUGAGUGUCUACAAAGUUUGUUCAAAUAAAAGCGCUGGGGUCAAAAUUGGACCCGCCCAGGGGGUCAUUGAUUUUCCUUAUAUGUGUAUAGCAAAAACUUAAAAUCUUCUUUGAAAAAACACAAAUAGCUAGAGUUUAGAUAUUAAGCAUGAAACAUCUUCUAGUAAGUGUCUACAAAGUUUGUUCAAAUAAAAGCCCUGGGGUCAAAACUGGCCCCGCCCCAGGGGUGUCAUUGUUUUUAACUAUAUGUGUAUAGUAAAAACUUAAAAAAAUCUUCUUUUAAAAAGCCCAAUGAGCUAGAGCUUAGAUGUUUAGCAUGAAACAUCUUCUUAUGGGUGCGGGGGUUGCUAUAUACAGGUGAGCGACCUCAGGGCCAUCAUGGCCCUCUUGUUUGAAAAAAGUGCUUUUGAGACAAAAAAUUAAAAAUAUUUUGAGGCAUAAUUAAGGAUGAUCCUUUAAUCAUUGAACUGUCCAUCACAAUUUGUAUAAUGUGCAAGACCUAUGUAAAAACGAAGACAUUUCUUUACACUUGGGGGUCCAAUGAUGUGAAAUAAACACCAUAGAAUAUAA